ACUCCUCUUGGUACCGGGAAGUGCCAGCGGUUAAAUGGCGUCUUUUCCGCCCCAGAAGGAUGCGGGCGAUUUUACAAGUGCUACCAAGGGCUUGCUCAGCCUGACGCGUGUCUGAAGGGUCAGAUGUUCGACGAGCAAAAAGUGCAGUGUCGGUAUCCCACGAGUGCCGAGCUCUCGUAUUGCACUCCAAUUUGGUACCCGGAAAUGGCCGUCACUCAAGCUCCUGCAGUUUCAGUAGUUCCUGUGACUCCUGUUGCUCCCGUGGCUCCUGUGGUACCGCCGACCGAGAUGCAGACCGUAACAAUUCUACCUCCGGGUAGCAGCCUCGAAGGAUUAGAAAUCAUUGUACCUGACCCAAAUCUAUACAAAUGCCCAGCGAUUGACGCCUAUCCCUUCGGGGCUCAUUCCCGUCAUCCGAUACCUGGCAAUUGCAAAUUCUUCUUAAUCUGUCAAUCUGACGGAGUGAAAAAGAUCGCCGGGUGCCCAGAUGGCCUGGGAUUUAAUCCGAAGACAAGCCUCUGUGAAGAUUCCAGAAAUAUUCCCGGCUGUGUUUACUAUUAUAGCAGUCCUAAUCAGUAACGCGUGUUGGCAGCUUUGCGCAAUUUGUAUGCUGCAGAUAUGACACACACUUAUUGCGUUAUUGUGAAUUUGGGUAUCUUAUUUUUAGAUUUGAAAUUUUCCUAUAGGUAUAUACGUAAAUUCGUUGGCGAAUUGAAAAAAUAGUUUAAAAUGUUGUGCUAAUAUUUGAUUAUUGUAUUCUUUGGAUUUAAUUUCAUUA